AUGAAAACCCCAAUACGAAAAUCAUCCCCAUUAAUUAAAAUUGUUAAUAACUCGUUAGUAGACCUUCCUUCACCGUCUAACAUUUCAACUCUAUGAAACUUCGGAUCUCUUUUAGGAUUAUGCUUAAUAAUUCAAAUUAUUACAGGAAUCUUUCUCGCAAUACACUAUUGCCCUAAUGUAGAAAUAGCCUUUAAUAGAGUAGCUCACAUCUGUCGAGAUGUAAACAACGGAUGACUAAUUCGAACACUCCAUGCAAACGGAGCCUCUUUUUUUUUCAUCUGUAUUUACGCCCACAUUGGACGAGGAAUAUAUUAUAGAUCUUACAACCUAAUUCACACAUGAAUAGUUGGUGUAACAAUUUUAUUUCUAGUAAUAGCAACAGCCUUUCUCGGUUACGUUUUACCCUGAGGUCAAAUAUCAUUUUGAGGGGCAACCGUAAUCACCAAUUUAUUAUCAGCAAUCCCUUAUUUAGGAACUUCAAUCGUUCAAUGAAUUUGAGGGGGGUUUGCAGUCGACAAUGCUACUCUAACUCGAUUCUUCUCAUUCCAUUUCCUUCUCCCAUUUAUUGUUUCAGCCAUAGUAAUAAUCCACCUCUUAUUUCUUCAUCAAACAGGAUCAAACAAUCCACUAGGCUUAAAUAGAAACAUUGACAAAAUCCCAUUUCAUCCUUAUUUUUCAUAUAAAGACAUCGCAGGAUACUUAAUUAUAUUAAUAAUUUUAAUCAACUUAUCCCUUCUAGAUCCCUACAUACUAGGGGACCCAGACAACUUCACUCCUGCCAAUCCACUAGUAACACCGGUUCACAUUCAACCAGAAUGAUAUUUUCUCUUUGCCUAUGCCAUUCUUCGGUCAAUCCCUAAUAAAUUAGGGGGAGUAAUCGCCCUAGUUAUAUCAAUUGCAAUUCUCUACAUUUUACCAUUUACAGGAAAAAAAAAAUUUGCUAGAAACCAGUUCUAUCCUGUUAACAAAAUUCUAUUCUGAAUAAUAGUAUCAACAAUUCUUCCUCUCACUUGAAUUGGAGCACGUCCAGUAGAAGAUCCUUUUAUCUUAACUGGUCAAAUUCUCACCUUAACCUACUUCCUAUUCUACUUUAUCAACCCACUCACAUACACCCUCUGAGACAAAACAUUAUUUAAUU